CCCCUCCCUUGGAGAGUUAAUCCUGGAGGCUACAUUCAGGUGGAGCCUGAACAAGGCGCUGGGAUAAUAUAUGAUGACACGGCUUUGAAUGGCAUUCGCCUGUACUGCACUGACGGCUCUGUCAUCGAGUCCACGGUGGGGCCGUGGGGCGAUUGGACUGAGGUCCAAAGGUGCACCGAGGGCGACCUGAUCUCCUUCUCACUGAGAGUGGAACCGUCCCAGGGAUUGGGCGAUGACACGGCGGCCAACAACAUUGAGUUUGCAUGCUCAGAUGGGGCCAAGAUGGUGGGCACUGCACAUUCCUGGGGUGAUUUUGGCCCAUGGAGCAAUCGUUGCAGCUCUGGGGGCAUUUGUGGGCUCCAGACGAAGGUGGAGGAAUCCCAGGGAGUUGGGGAUGACACAGCGCUCAAUGAUGUGAAGUUCUUCUGCUGCAACUAAACAAGCACCUGUCCCUGCCCAACCCCCAACACCAGCACCUGCCCAUUAAACACCAUUAAAGUUUAGCUCUGCUUUUGCACA